UCAAAUCCGAGGCUGUGCUGUGACAAAGAGGCUGUAAAAACAGCGUCAAAAAAACACAAAUUCAACUAUAUAUCAUUGUAUCUAUUUGCCAUUGUGGUGGAAAUUCAUGCCGUAAAGGCUAAAAAGAUAUGGCAGAUAUUUUCAACAGAACGUUCCUCCUGACAACUGCUGCAGUUCUUGGGUGGCUCAUAAUAGCUUUGGGUGUUUUCGAAGUCGUGAAAAAAAUGGAAGAAAAUCAAUGUGAAAUGACAUACAUGUUUGAGUAUCCCGAGUAUUUACAAAUAGAUUUGGAUCCUGCUCUUAAAAAGAAGUUUCCAAAGUAUUCUUUAAUGAUUUACGGCGAAGGUUACUAUGCCAUGGACCUUAAAAAUAAUGGCAUGUCUGGUAUCCCUGUGCUGUUUAUUCCUGGAAAUGCAGGUAGCUACAAACAAGUCAGAUCACUGGGUUCUGUUGCAUUAAGGAAAACAGAAACACUACCUUUCCAUUUUGAUUUCUUUGCUGUGGAUUUCAAAGAGGAACUUUCUGCCCUCAAAGGAAGUUACCUGGUGUCACAAACAGCAUUUGUAAAUGAGUGCUUAAAAUUGAUCCUUGAAAUUUAUAAAAAAGCAAAUAAAGAAAGACAUUCAGUUAUUUUGAUUGGACAUUCAAUGGGUGGUGUGAUUGGAAGAGGGCUGUUUACUAUUCAAGAUUUUAACCCAAUUAAUGUAAACACAAUCAUAACACUUGCAACUCCGAAUAAGCACCCAGCUAUAAAUGCUGAUCAGGAUAUGCACAAUUACUAUUUUAGACUGGCUGACUUCUGGGGUCAACCAAAUGGCACUGUUUUUGAAAUUUUGAAACAUAUUCUGCUAGUUUCUGUAGGUGGCGGUAGUAGAGAUCUGCAAGUUCGCAGUGACCUCACACCACUAAGCUCAUCCAUGCUUAAAAACCAGUCAUUGUCAGUUAUUACAACAGCAAUUCCUAAAGUUUAUCUUUCAACUGAUCAUAGGUGCAUAGUUUGGUGCAAGCAGCUCGUGUUGUCAAUAACAAGAGCACUCAUAGACAUGGUGGAUAAAAAAGAAUUUAAAGUAACAAAAGAUGAAGUUUCAAGGCUGGAAGUUUUAAAAUACCAUUUUAUCUCUGCUUUUAGUUCAGAGAACAGUGCUGAAGUUGCAGUUUCUCUCACAAAGGGGCAACCAGAGUUUUCAAUGAAUCUGUCUUUAUGUAAAAUCUUCAAUAGCCCACAUUUUUUCAAGUCAACAGCAAAAAGUAGAUCCUGCUUCAUUUUGGUUCUAAAUAAUCUUAAAGGUGAACUCUCAGCAUUUUAUGAAGGAAAAAUAGCAAACUGGAUUGGCGUUUGUGAAAGCAUUCACCAGUGCCAUUCAUUUACCACCUUGUCAAGAAUGGCCCACAUUAUACCUAGAAAGAGCUCCAAUGCCAAAGUUGUCCGGAUGAAUGUAAGUGACAUACUGAAAUAUGGCAGUAUACUGGUGCUUGGCCUUGAUGACCCAAAAAAGGAAAGAGUGAGUUUUAGAAUAGGCAACAAUCUACAUAACUUUAGAGUUCCAUAUCUCCUGUCCAGAGAAAAAGAGGAGUUACAUAAUCAGAGAACAACAUGCAGGGUAAUCUUUCCAUCUCUACAUACACCUUGGCUUGUUUAUAAGCUGAAGAUUAAUGCUUCUUGCCGAAAAGCAAAGCCCUCAGUUUCUUUUCGAUUUCAUGUGCCAUGGAUGAAUGAAGAUAUUUACAAAGUUUUUACCACAUCAAUGGAAAUUAGGCUAAAAUUCACAAGUACACCAUCACCUGGUUCUCAAAGCAUUUCAGUCAGUAACAAUAUUGCUCAAGAAGAAGGAACCCCAGAAAUAGAACUUUGGUUUCAUGAUAGAUGCAACUUUACCUUAGAGAUGUGGCUGGAUCCUAUUGGUACCGCUGGACAAUUGCUAAUUUUCACAUACCCCUCAAUACUUUAUUGGCUACCUGCCUUGACUUUGCUCUGGCUUCUGGGACAAACAAAUAAACCAGAUGAGACACAUUUUGUUUUUACAUUACAUCAUGGAAUUCCUGUUCUUUUGGCACUUCCUUUUAUUUCUUGUUACUUUUUUGAUCCAUGUCUGGUUCUGGUAAAACUUUCUAUUUCAAGUGCUUUACUUAUGGCAAUAGUGCACUUUUCAAAACUUUUAAUGUUUCUACUGUUGUUAGUUGCAAAGUUGGGGCAUAUUUUUGUUCAGAAGGUCCUAAAACAAAUAUUGAAUGUUAGGUAUCAAAAGUUUUGUGAAAAAGUCGUUUCUGCUGUUGUUUUAACGAUAGAAUCAAUCUUGCCUGUUAUAAUGUCACUUCUGGUCUCUGGAAGCAUUGGCCUCUUGGCAUAUCUUGUAUGUUUUCUGAUGGGUGUUUUGUGGAGGAGCUCAGGUGAUAGAAGGUGCCUGUGCUGCUCUAUUGUUAUGAUCAUACUGAAUGUACCAGGCCUUGUAUCAUGGUUCAAAGAAAUUUCAUACGGAAUGAGAUUUGACUUCAACAUGACUAAUGUGAGUUCUGCUGUUCUUGUACUUGCAUUGCAUGUAAUCAAUGUUUGUGAAGAAAGACAAUUUAACAACAGGAGAACUGGUUUAGCUUUAGCUUAUCUUUUUGCAUUUUUCAUCAUAUUUAAGUCUGAUAAACCAUUCAUGGCUUCGCAGAUUUUAAGCUUUGCAGUCCUCGUGUACUGUAUUGCUACGAAGUGUAGAGUUUUACGAUCAAAUAUAGGCCCUUCAGUCACAUAGCAGUUUCUUUCUGGUUUUAAAUAAGAUUCUUCGAUGAAAGGGACUCGUAAAAAUCGCAAAAAUCGUAGAUGUGGAGAACUUAACAUUGGAGAUGUGAGAGAAGUCCCUCAAGUUGAAUGUCACUGGAGCCGGAGAAAUAAGAGAAGUACCUCGAUCUAGAGAUAUAAAAAAGUUCCUCGAGCUGAAGAGAUUAGAGAAGUUCCUCAAACUGCACGCCACUCAAGCUGUACAUCACCUGCGCUGUGCAGAAUAAUUGCUAUAAAGAGUUCUUAUUUGUUUGUUUAUCUUGUUAUUAUCUUUGAUUAAGGUUGAUGCUCAAUAGCAUUUCCUUUUUCAGACAUUGAUAUUUACGUCAUAUUGAUUCAA